AUGAAAUAUUUAUUUCGAAUUUGGAUAUUUUCAGUUGAUAUCUGUCCACGGUUAGAAUGUUUUAGAAAGUGUAGCUAUGGGUACAAUACAGAUAGUCGAGGCUGCAAGCUGUGUUCUUGUAAAUCAGGGGGUAAACCAGUCUGCGGUCCAGUUUGUGCUAUCUGGUGUCCUAAUGGGAAUGUUUUGGAUAGUCGCGGUUGUCCCACAUGUCGAUGUAAACUGUGUCCAGUAUAUGUACGAAAUCCAUGUGAAGGAAUUGACUGUCCCAGUGGUUUCCAAAAAGAUUCCAAUGGCUGUCCUACAUGUCAAUUUGAUAUCUGUCCACCGUUCGAAUGUUUUAGAAAGUGUAGCUAUGGGUACAAUACAGAUAGUCGAGGCUGCAAGCUGUGUUCUUGUAAAACAGGGGUCAAACCGAGCAAAUUAUCUGUGUUUCCUCCUACACGAUGCGGGCCAAUUUGCCGAAUGUUUUGCCCUAACGGUUUUGUAACAAACAGUCGUGGAUGUCCGAUUUGCAGAUGUAAACCUAGUAAAUGUCCCCGAUUUACUUCUCUGAUUAGCUGUCGAUCAUGUAAAUACGGUAGAACUUACUCUACAGAUGGAAAUGGCUGCCGACGAUGUAGGUGUAAAAGAAAACCAGGUUGGUCCCUCACUUAUACAUUACCAGAUAUCAUAACUAAAUUAAAGAUAUGGAUGUUUCGGUUUGUUUUUUUGAUCUGCAGAUGA